AGUAGGCGCUCCCGCCCGCCCGGCACGGGCUUCAGUGCUGGGGAGGACGCGCCCACCGCCUGCCCGCCCGCCCGCCCGCGGAGCAGCCCGGGGUGGCGCGCUCGGUUUCUACGCGAAAGCCGGCCGUGUACCUAGGAAUUAACCGGCCGGCGCGGGAGGGGAGGGGAGCGGGAAGCGGGGUGGGGGGGGGGGAUGCUGAGCGCGCGCGAGAACAAUAAUAAGAUCGUGUUUGCGGUCGCUGCCCGAGGAAGAAUUCGGAGCAAACGCGAGGCCCGGCGCUCGCGCCGCGCCCGGGAGCCCGGGAGGGAGGCCGGCGGCGGCGACAUGAGGCAGGCGACGCGGUGCUUGUGAGCAGCGCGCGCGGCGGCGGCGGGGACCUUGGCGCGGCCGGACGCGGGCGAGCGCCGAGCGGCCGCGGGCUCCCCUCCCCCGCUGCCGGGCCGUGAUUUGCCGGGCCUGCUGCGCCCCCCGCCCACCCCUCUUCUCAGCCGCCGCCUCGCCGCUUCCCCUCGUCGGAGCGGCCGCUCGUCCGCCCGGCUCGAGGCCCGCGAGGAACGCGGCGCAGUCCGUCCGCCCGCGGGGGGGCGGCCUCCCGGCAUCUUCGCGGCGACCAAGGACUACCAGGAAGGGGAGCGGCUGGGAUGGCGCGUCCGCGGCCUCGCGAGUACAAAGCGGGCGACCUGGUCUUCGCCAAGAUGAAGGGCUACCCGCACUGGCCCGCCCGGAUUGAUGAACUCCCAGAGGGAGCUGUGAAGCCUCCAGCAAACAAGUAUCCUAUCUUCUUUUUUGGCACCCAUGAAACUGCAUUUCUAGGUCCCAAAGACCUUUUUCCAUAUAAAGAGUACAAAGACAAGUUUGGAAAGUCAAAUAAACGGAAAGGAUUUAACGAAGGAUUGUGGGAAAUAGAAAAUAACCCAGGAGUAAAGUUUACUGGAUACCAGGCAAUUCAGCAACAGAGCUCUUCAGAAACUGAGGGAGAAGGUGGAAAUACUGCAGAUGCAAGCAGUGAGGAAGAAGGUGAUAGAGUAGAAGAAGAUGGAAAAGGCAAAAGAAAGAAUGAAAAAGCAGGCUCAAAACGGAAAAAGUCAUAUACUUCAAAGAAAUCCUCUAAACAGUCCCGGAAAUCUCCAGGAGAUGAAGAUGACAAAGACUGCAAAGAAGAGGAAAACAAAAGCAGCUCUGAGGGUGGAGAUGCGGGCAAUGACACAAGAAACACAACUUCAGACUUGCAGAAAACCAGUGAAGGGAAGAUGCUGUGGACAGUUAUCGAGAUAGACUAACAGAAUAUCCCUUCUACACACCCAGCUGGACCUCCACCUGUGUUUGCAGCUCUCCCAUCCCUGCCUAGGUACUCUCAUCAAGGGAACGCUCAUCAUGGGAGUGGAGAACAAUGGUCACUGCCAACUCAGUCACAGAAGAUUCUGGCAGGCCAGCUCCACCCAUCCUUCACUCCCCUACAAGUGGCUGCCCAGAGCCAAACCCACAUCCCACCUGGGCAAUGGGAGCAAAGCCAGUAAGGAGGCAUAGAAGUGACCACCAAGUUUAAGACAAUGACUCUGGCCAGGCACGGGGGCUUAAGCCUGUAAUCCCAGCACUUGGGAAGCUGAAGCAGGUGGAUCACCUGAGGUUAGGAGUUUGAGACCAGCCUGGCCAACAUAGUGAAACCCUGUCUCUUCUAAAAAUACAAAAAUUAGGCCAGGCACAGCCUAAUUACAGCCGUGGCUCACGGCUGUAAUCCCAGUACUUUGGGAGGCCGAGGCAGGUGGAUCACGAGGUCAGGAAACGGAGACCAUCCUGGCUAACACAGUGAAACCCCAUCUCUACUGAAAAAUACAAAAAAUUAGCCGGGCAUGGGUGGCACGCACCUGUAGUCCCAGCUACCCAGGAGAUGGAGGUUGCAGUGAGCCAAGGUUGUGCCACCGCAAUUCAGAACGAGACACUGUCUCAAAAAAAAAAAGGACAAUGACUUAUAUGGAAUGAUUCAUCUCAAUGAUUCCCAAGCAGGCUAACUCUCAGCAUGUCCAGUGUGGUUACCCUAUUCCACACGGCAUAUCCUAAAGACAGGUGGCUGAUGUGCAGGUGACAAUGACUUUCACAAAAAAGACUAGUGACGUUAAAAACGAAUACAAGAGGGUACAAUUGAAUGUGACAGAAGGAAAGCUGUACCUGUCAGAGAAUCUCACUAAGGUUGUAAGUGUCUCCUAAAUGGGCUUAAAACUACUAGCAAUAAGUAACUAAGAAAUAGUACUUUUUAAACAGCAGAUGAUCAAAUGUAGUGCAUGUUAGUUUGUCAAAGCUGCAUUUUCAAGUUGUAACAAAUUGGUGCCUUAGACUAUGAGGUGGGUAUGGACAGUAGAAAAAUCUGAUGGUGAAUAUAGAAAAAGCUGUGGAAAAAAAAUGGAGAGGAGUGUGGGGGUGGGUAAUUCACAGAGAAGGGAAGCCAGCCUUGCCUGGAGUUGGCAGCCAGGAGGCCAGCACUCACAUUCUCCCCAGAAGGAACAAAAGGCUGUAUUUGCCCUCUCUUGCAGAUGUGGCUUCCCCACGCCUCCACUGGGGGGCUUUGGCUCAGUUGUCACUGACAGUGCCACUUCCUGAUACUCAUUUUUCAGAAGCCUCACUAGUACGUCUCCCAUGAAAGGAAGUGUUUGGCACAUAAUCUCCCAAUGAUUGCUGAUGCCAGCACAAGUGUCAGACACUGUGUUAGCGAUGACAAGGACAUGGUCUCUGCCUUCUAGUGGGUGAGGAGUAUGGCCUUGGGCCUGACCCUGAGGCUGAAGUGUGCUCAAAGCUGUAACAGACCAGGACAGAGGGCUGAGGGUGCCCAGCCUUGAAGAAUAGGGAGAGACAUCAGUACAGUUAGUAUAGGCUCCAUGGAGUCGGGAGGAACAGGAGGGACAGAUAGCAGCAGGAGACUCGUCUGGGAAGGUACAUAGGGGCCAGAGCACAGACCAGUGGAGAGGGCCAGGAAAAGGGGUGUGGGCCUUCAAAUCAGAUGGACCGAGCUCAUCUACUGCCUGCCUACAAAAAUUUAGGCAAGUGACAACAUUUCUAUAAGCUUCAGAGUUUCUUUUUUUGAGAUGGAGUCUCGCUCUGUUGCCAGGCUGGAGUGCAGUGGCAUGAUCUUGGCUCACUGCAACCGCUGACUCCCGGGUUCAAGUGAUUCACCUGCCUCAGCUUCCCAAGUAGCUAGAACUAUAGGUGCAUGCCAUCAUGCCCAGCUAACUUUUGUAUUUUUAGUAAAGACAGGGUCUCACCAUGUUGGCCAGGAUGGUCUCAAUCUCUUGACCUCGUGACCCACCUGCCUUGGCCUCCCAAAGUGCUGAGAUUACAGGCACGAGCCACCGUGCCCGGCCACUUCAGAGUUUCUUAUAUAUGGAUUGGAAGAAACUAGUUACAAUUCUUCUUUCCCACCCCACCUUUGCCAAGGCCCACUGUGGGCAAAGAAUGCUCCCUAGGCUCUUGAUGACCAGCUUGGCCCUAUGCCUUGUCUCAGCCAGUGGAAUAUGGGUGGGAAUAAGAGUGGGUGGCUCCAAGCCAAGGCCUUAAGAGCCACCGCUUUCUUCCCAUUAGCCCCUCUGUGCCUCUGUGUCUGUCAUGAGAAGGGCAUGCCCUGGGAGCUGCUGGUCCAGGAGCAAGGAGACAGAGAACAGCCCUGAAACCAACCCACAGCCUGAUGCAGAGUGGCCCCAACCCACAGACCUGUGAGCAAGAAAAAUAAAUGUUUGUUGCUGUAGGAUUUGGGGGGCAUUUGAUAUGUGGCAUUGCUGAAGGAGAAACCACAGAACAAAAUGCCCAGCAAAGUGCCUGGCACAGGAAGCAUUCAAAGGCCCAUAGCAGCUUGGCUGGAGCAGCAUGCAGGAUGGAAGGGCAUAGGCUUUGGGGGUCAACAGCCAUGCGACCUUUGCCACAUUUCUUAGCAUCUCCAAGCCAGCUUCUUCACUUUCAAGUGGAGGGAUGGUGAGGAUGGGGUAAAAGCCUGCUGCUAAAGUGUUCAGGGACAUACAGGGUGCACUAUAGGUGCUUGUCUCCAUGGCAGAUUCUGUUAUUUUCCUCAUGCAUAUGUGCAGGCACAGGUACCACACAGUUAAGUUCUGCACUAAGUUGGGGGAGGGGGCAGACUGCAAGUAACAGGCUUAAGACAGGAAGUCCAGGAAGGAGCUGGCAUGAGAGUUGAGGUCAGAGAUCAGAGGUCAAAGCAUGCUGGGGUUGGCAGGGUGCCCUGCCUGGCCUGGCAGUAACCCUCCACCAGGAUGCCACCCAGAAGAGGGUGGGGUCCACAGCCUGAGGAGCAAUAGCCAGAGUCAAGGGCCACAUUGUCCUGAAACUCCCCUACACUUGCAGCCACCAUUAUCAAAGGGCUCUGAGUAUUCACAACCAAGGAGGAGUUUGUGACUGGGGGCCAAAAGUAUUGUGUUAUUAAUCAGACACAAAAGAUUUCCCUUUGUGGAGACAUACCAUAGAACAGCGGGUCCCGGGGUGGUUUUCUUUUGACGAGGACACGAGCCAACAAGGCUACCAGGAACAGGAUGAGGGCAGCAACCCCUACAAUAGUCCAGGAACUGCAACAACCAGAACAGGGAGGUGGUCACUAACAAAAUAAACACAUUGGUGCCUGGAA